AUGCCUCCUUACUCUGGACGCAAAGGCCCCAACAUGUCCCAGUACCUGAGGGACCUUAACGCCGUCAGUCCCCAGGACGCGGCUGGCGACGAUGGCAUCGAGAUUCAGGAAGACCUCUCUUUCUUCGCAAACACCCAGUUCUAUGAUCUCGAUUCCGGACAGAACACCGACUACCAGGCACCUCCCGUCAAGCCCGAGGCCGUCUCCCAGGCACCCGAGCCUACGUCUGUCAUGGGCGAGAUGUCAAGCAUCGACUUCAUGAAUGGUGAGUUUCUCACAUCCACAUUGGGCGGAGAAUUUUUGUCUAUUAUCACUACCAAACAAAGCAGCAUCGCUGACAUUCUCUACCCACGGUCCUCAACAGGCGACUUCAACUUCUCCGACUUCAAUGCUUACACGGGCUCUCCGAUGAACUCCUUCAGCGAGGGCCCCACCGGCUUCCAGUCCAUCCAGCCUAGCCACGGCCCCAUCUACGGCGGCCACGGCCACGGACACCAGGGCGCCUUCCCACAGCCCCCUCGCGCCUCCAUCAAGACCACCGGCGAGAAGCGCAAGUCGUCGGACGUCUCGGCUGUCAGCACGCCGGCCAUCGGCCACGGCGACCACGACGAUGAAUCGCGCAUCACUGCCGAAGAAGACAAGCGCAGGCGCAACACGGCCGCCAGCGCCCGCUUCCGCGUCAAGAAGAAGCAGCGCGAGCAAGCCCUCGAGAAGUCUGCCAAGGAGAUGUCGGACAAGGUCCUGGCUCUCGAGUCGCGCGUCUCCCAGCUCGAGACGGAGAACAAGUGGCUCAAGAACCUCCUGGUCGAGAAGAAUGAGGGCAAUGAGGACAUAACCGCUCUUUGGAAGGAGUUUACGCAAAAGGUGUCCAGCCGUCGACCCAGAGCGGAGGCCGCAUAG